CUUGGUGGUUUCUGACAAGUGUACAUGGGCGCGAGAACUUUCAGACCUUUGGGACGCAUUUUCCCACUGCGUAUUGUACCGUAUGGGAACAAUCACCGCGAGGGCGCUCAUCCUGAUCAGUUCUGGCUUGUUUCCUCCCAGCAUCAGGCCGCUGUCUGCUCUUCGUAUUGCAUCCCCCCUUUGACAUCACAGGAAUGACCUCUGCUCCCAUUCCCCUUGCCUCUCAAGUCGGCGGCCACGCCGGCGUGCAGACCACCGAAGACGGAUCGCUCCUGAUCAAGCCCGCUCUCCCCGCAGAGCUCGCGUUCUAUCAGGCGCUCUCUGACGAUAGUCCCUUCGCACCGCUGCGGCGCUACCUUCCGAAGUUUUUGGGUACCUUGUCUCUGGCGGGGAAGGUAGAGGAGGGAGAGGAUUUGGAGAAGAUGGGCCCGCCACCGGCUGGGGCGGAGAAGCAGUCCCUCGUCCUGGAGAACCUGUCCUUCCCCUUCAAGAAGCCAAACAUCCUCGAUAUCAAGCUCGGCACGAUCCUAUACGAUGAAUCUGCGUCGCCAGAGAAGGUCGAGCGGAUGAUCAAGACCGCGAAGGAGACGACAUCGUUGGAGACGGGUGUGAGGCUGACGGGUUUCCAGGUCUACGACAACCUCACCAUCACCCCCAUCAACACCCCGAAGUCCUACGGCAAAUCCAUCAAAGUCACCGACCUCCCCGACGGCAUCGCGAAGUUCUUCCCUGUCGCGCGCGGGGCCCCUGCCACUUCCUCCACGGAUACCCCAGCGACCGCAUCUACAACUGCCUCCUCACCCUCCACUGACCAAACCACAUCCUCCACUGACCAACCCACACCCUCCACCGGCCUCCCCUCCUCCACUCUCCUCCCCAUCCUCCGCGGCAUCCGGCGCGACGUCGCCGCCAUCCGCGAGCACCUCUCCAAGAUCGAGAUGCGCAUGGUCGGCGGGAGCGUGCUAAUCAUAUACGAAGCGGACUGGGAGAGGGCGGCGGAGGCGGCGAAGAGGAUAGGCACGCCCGAAGAGGAGGAAGACGAGGAGAUUGAUUCGGAUGAGGAUGGGGAUGGCGAGGGCGAGGGCGAGGGCGAGGGCGAGGGCGAGGGCGAGACCAAAGCCACUAAACCCGGCCCCGCCUUCACCGUCAAGCUCAUCGACUUUGCGCACACGCGGCUCGCGCCUGGCGAGGGCCCGGACGCGGGCGUGCUGCUCGGGCUGGACACGACGCUGAAGCUGCUGGAUGGAAGGAUAGCGCAAGUGGAGGCGGGGGCGGAUGUGGUGGAGGGUGUUUCGUGAGGCGCGCUGGACGACGAGCGCGCCAGGAAGGUCGGCCAGUGCAGCUAUGAGAGAAUGUGAUGUGAUCUAGGACGACACCGUGUGUAUGUAGACCAAGCUGUAUCUAUGAGCGAAUGGAAAGACGAGCCUGAAGUCAAGCAUG